UUUCACCGACAUAUACAACUCAAACCUCCAUAUUUUUGGCUUCCAAGCCUAAUUUCUGCAAUUUCAAGUUUAUUUUUGUAGUUCUCUUGUCUUCUCAACAAGAUCUUCCAAAUUCGGUAAGCUAUUCUCCCAUUUUUUAGUUCUUCUGCGAAACAAAACAGAGAACUCCUUCAAUUCUCCUUCUUAAAACUUUCAAUAAAACUUUUAGCUCUCUUUUACAAUUUAAGGUACGAUUCUCUCUCAAUUUUUGCUCAAAUCUGCUUCUUUUUACACUUAAAUAGUUUGCACAAAGAAAAAUGGUAAUUACGUCGUCACAUAGUUAAGACCGACUCAGUAUGAGUGUUCCAGAAACGAAGAACUCUCUAUUCCCAUGGUAAAGGCUUGAGUUCUUUUGGUUCCAGAAAUGUCAUACUGAGAAUCGACUCAAAAGAUUGCUCUCAUCUUCUCAUAUGUUGCGAUUCCAGGUCAGUUCUCUCAAUCUUUGCCCUUAUGGUUCUCAAUCUCAAAGCUUUCAAAAAAUUAUUCUUUCAGUUCUCAUCCUUUUAACUGUUGGGUAUUCCAAAUCAAUUAAGAUCCUGAUUAAAGUAACAGUUAAGGUAAAUAUUCAUGACAUUGGGUAUAUUCCUUCUUCCUUUUUACUGUUGGGUAUUCCAAAUCAAUUAAGAUUCUGAUUAAAGUAACAGUUAAGGUAAGUUGUAUGUUCAGAUUUUUCAUUCUUCAUUGAGUUGAAGAUAUAAUCACUAAUAAAUUGAACUUCUUUGCAUGUCCGUCUUCUCGAAAUGCUUGCAGACUUUCUUUUCUAUCCUCCCCUUCUUUCAAUUGAGUGUAGUGCAAUAAUGUUCAUAUUACAUGAAGUUCUCAUUGUGAUUUACGCUUUAUUUUGAAGAAAGUAAAUAAAAAAUCAAGGUUGAAAUAGUAGCUUGAAAUGGUAGAACAUACUUAUACUACCUUAGAACACUAAGACAUUUAAGUUAAUAAAGGCAUAGAUGUCUGGGAAACAUCCAUCAGUUUAGCACCUCUAAUAGUGUUCUUCCGAUAUACUUUUUGGUUUACCAUCUCAUUUAUGGUUUGUCAAGAUGCUAAAUAAAGAGACAAAACGAUCUGAAAAAUUGCAAUACAAUUGAUGAUCAGUGUUAUAUCCUUGAGAAACUAUUACAAAACAUUGCCAAAGGCAUUUUAUAUUUCAUGGACCAUAUUUCCUGCUUCACCGCCAAUAACGCUAGAAUGUAUGAAAAGCAGACAGAGACGGUCUUAUAUUCUUGAAAUUUCUGGUAGAAGAGUUAGAGAGCCUCGGAGAACUUGCUCCGACGUGCGCAUCAAUUCUUUAAUAGCUUUGGGUUUUCAAUAGUUCUUUCUCGUGAUUUAUUAAAUGUUCAUAUUGCUCCAUCGAGGUUCAAAUUUCUGUUUCAGUUGGUUGAAUGAACCCUGACCUACUUUGUGUUAGCUAUCUACACUAACACACCUCUGAAAAAUUAAAUACAGAACCCACAGGCAACACCAACAUGCUCAUUGACGUUUGAUGUACUGUUUAUUGUAGCCACAUCAAAUUUAAAACUCUUUGUGUAUGUCGUUCCUGGAAGCUAGCAAUAUCUUUUGAUGACAUACUAUCCUAAAUUACCCCUACAUUUAUACAGUUUGCUAUUGGAAGUCACUAGGAACAAAAUAUUAACAUAAUACAGUCAAUCUGCUGCAAUAAUCUGCUACAAGAAACUGAUGGCACAAGGCAUAAAUUGGAGGAUUUAAACGCGAGGAAACUAAGAUUACUAGCUGAAGUUCGGUAAGUUUGUUCAACUUUAUCAAAAGGGUUUCAUAUACUUGACAUAAUUUUAUUUUUUUAAGCAUUCUUGAAUUCAAUAUUUUGUCUUAGACUUCAAAAUAAUAUAUCUUGGAUAAUGGAUUAUGGAACUAAGGGAAAAGAAUUUUGCUGGUCAUUAUUUUGGAGUUCUAUGUUCAGAUUUUUCAUUCUUCAUUGAGUUGAAGAUAUAACCACUAAUAAAUUGAACUUCUUUGCAUGUCCGUUUUCUCGAAAUGCUUGCAGACUUUCUUUUCUAUCCUCCCCUUCUUUCAAAUUUAACAAAAAGAACUUUCUUUUUUGUUCAUUAGCAUACAAGCACUUUGCUCUAGGACGCCCAUAAAUUAGAAUGUGCUUAAAAUAUUUUACUCUUGAUAUUUUGCAUAAACAAAGGUCAUUUGUAUUUCAUGUAGAUGAGUGCCAAUCUAGCUACUAUGGAAAGGAUUACUUGAGAAGAGGAAGUUGUUUGAGUGUCCACAUAGAAACCAACAUAUUGUGUGUGAAAUAUGUGGGACCAAGUGGCAUCUUCGCACAGAUAAAGGGGCCUACUUCGGAUAGAAUGAAAUUUUUGUCAUCUGGCUCUCUUACAUUCUCCAAGAUCCAGGCUUACUCCGGAAAUUUUGGCACAUUUGAUGCAACAGAAGAGGAAACAGUUGACAGAGAUAUCAUCAAAUGUUUUCAACGAGAAGUGUGUGACAGGUCCACUUGAGUUUAGUUCCAGCAAAAACAGUGAAAAUGUGUGUUAGAUGUGGUAUUUGACAGUGUCGGCUUUCUUCAAUGAAGAAAAGAGUUCACAACAGAGGAUGGUAGUAAUAUGGCCAAGCCUUGACGCCAAUGAGCUCUUCAACCUUCGUCAUUGGUCGGUUCUUUGCUUCUUUCUUUAUUGAUCAUCUUCGUCGUGACUUUAAUUUCUCCAAUUUUGGGUCUCGCGAGUAUGAUUAAAAUAGAAGAGUAAUUUUAACACUCCAAUAAUCCACAUAUUUAGGUAAUACACAGAGGUGAGUUAACUAUUACAAAUUUUUUGAUAUAGUUUAUUUUAAGGAUUGUUUACAAGCUUUGUUUGUGUGUAUUACAUGGUAUAGAAUAUUUUCUAAUGUGUCUUCCUAUAUAAGUAUAGGAAGCUUUGUUGGA